UACUAGUAUCAUGGUAAAACUAUUACGGAUUUUUUUAAUACAUUAUUUGAACAUUUCCAUGGUUGUCUGUCAAAAUAUUGGUGGGUCGAAUGUCUGCAUGGUUCCUAACAGCCCUUAUGUCAAAUGUUGCACUGGGUUUUAUCUGAGUCAGGAUAAAUGUAUAGAGUGUGAACCAGGCACCACAGGUGUGAACUGCUCCAUACCCUGUGCACCUGGAUAUUUUGGACGCCAGUGUAAUAGACGAUGUCACUGCCCACCGGGCAAGUUCUGUGACCCAACGAAAGGGUGUCUGUGUAACUCAACAAGUAUUAAAUGUACAGAUCCAGAACCGACAGUGACUGAAACAGUGACCAAGGCAACAGUUCAUCAGUCCAAUUACUAUAUGGUCCUUCUUUUCUCGAUAUCAGUCAUCACCCUUCUGUUCAUGACCAUGCUUUCUGUCAGGUUACGAUGUGCAACAGUUUUGAGAUGUAAAGGUAAACAUAUAAUUGUUAAUCAGGUUUGA